AAAAAACGCAGAGAGCAGCAAGAGGAGCAAAAGCGCUUGAAAGAGGGUUUAGAGCGAGGCGAAUUCCGGCCAGUCGAUCCGAAUGAGACCAUUAACGAAGUCGCAAGCAACUGGGGUGCAGCUAUGGCAAUGGCAGCAGCGCGUGGUGAAGGAGAUAAAUACUUUGCUACACCUGGUGCUAAACCCAAGUGAGCGCCUCUUUACAUUUAUGUAAUC